UGUCCGAGGUGCUGAACCGGACCGGCCCUUGGCCAAGCGCCUUUCGCCUCGCCAUGCCUCGCUCCUUCCUGGUCAAGAAGAUCAAAGCGGACCCCUUCCAGGCCGGGUCGGCGCCCGCCACCCCCCCGCCUUACCCGCCGCUGGAAACUUCGUACCCCGGGUGGGCGGGACCCGCGAGAGCCGGAGACCCCGGCCCGAAAGACGAAUACCUCCCGGCCUGCCUCCCUUCCUCAGGUUACAAGAAUGAAAAGAAGAAAGCCCACCGCCAGGGGGCCUCUCCUGACCCCCUCUACACCCCGAUCCAAGAGGACUACAGCGAUCCCGAGAGCCCCCAAUCCAGCCUGUCCUCUCACUACUUCCAGGGCGAGGCGGCCGUCACCGAGAGCUACUCCAUGGACGCCUUCUUCAUCAUUGACGGGCGGUCCCGCCGGCGGGCCGAGGGUCCUCGCCGGGGAGGACACCGCCACGCCUGCACCGAAUGCGGCAAGACCUACGCCACCUCCUCCAACCUCAGCCGGCACAAGCAGACGCACCGCAGCCUGGAUAGCAAGCUGGCGCGCAAGUGCCCGACGUGCAGCAAGGCCUACGUCUCCAUGCCGGCUUUGGCGAUGCACCUGCUGACCCACAACCUCAAACACAAGUGUGCCGUGUGCGGCAAGGCCUUCAGCCGGCCAUGGCUGCUGCAGGGACACAUGCGCUCGCACACCGGGGAGAAGCCCUUCGGGUGUUCCCACUGCGGGAAGGCCUUUGCUGACCGCUCCAAUCUGCGCGCCCACAUGCAAACCCACUCGGCGCUCAAGCACUACCGUUGCAAGCAAUGCCACAAGACCUUUGCCCUCAAGUCCUACCUCCACAAACACUACGAAUCGGCCUGCUUCAAGGGGCCAGAGCACGCCUGCCCAGCGGGGAACUGACCCCAAGCUGUGGCAGGGAGUUCCCACGCCUGCCACCUCCUCUUGGGCUUCCCGGGGUUGAUUCCCGCUUCACAAAAAAGAAGCUCGCUGGAGCCGGGAGGAUCCCUGGGAAGAAUCACAGGACACCGCAGUGCUGCGCGUUGAGGCGAGCACUGCAAGCUCAGCGAACUCUCUUCCUAAAACUCAGCGGACUGGGUUCACACAACACAUAUAACCCGGCCAAGUCAAGGUGAUAGAUACACCUGCCCGACCUGCUACGUUCGGGGGUCCUUAGCGUUGCUCAGGUCCUGUACGCAUGCGAGCAAAGCUCAGAGGUCCAUCUGCCUUCAGCCCCUGGAUUAGUUCGUGCUUUGAAGAACUGGAUGGAUUUCAAAACCUGGCUUAAGGCUGUUGAGCGAAUAUUAUCCGUGGCUGGAUUCACACGACACAGCGGACCGGGGUGCAGUGGGGUUCUCGGUCUUGCUGUGUGCAGCUGACGAACGACGACACGUCGUACCUGGGGCAACCCUCAAAUUCACUCCCCGAGACAGAAAGCGGAAGAAACAUCUGUGGAUGAAUUAACGAACUAAGGUUGAAAGAAUGAAGGUGCUAAUCUGUACCUGGAUGAAGUUUAGGACCAACUCGGCGUGGGGAUACACCAGGUGCACGAAGCCAUGAGGUGGUUAGUUUGGGCCCAGCAUAACGCGUGAAUGCAGGAACAGUGUUGGAUACAUCUGAUUUAGGAUUUGACAUGGCGGUAGGAUUCAGCCGGUUCGCACCACUUCGGCAGAACCGGGAGUGAAUUUUUUUGUUGCCCAGGCCCAGAACGGACUUCCGGAAGUGGCAUCCACGCACAGAACCGGUUCUUCCCCCAUUCGAAUCCCACCACUGGUUUGACAUGUUGUGUGAAUCCAGCCCAGAGGACUUUUUGGAAAGAGAGCUAGAACAGAUCACAAAGCCCACUUGCUUUCUGAUUUCGCCCCCCCUUUUUUUUCCCUUCCUUCAGCUCAGCAGAAGCAAUAACAACCACUUUGCUUGCAUAAAGGUGUCCCUGAGGGAAUCCCCUCCCUCACCUGAUCCCUGCUUGUCUUCACACCUUGCGAGAAACUCUGGACUUUUGGGGACACGACGCAGGAGACGGAAAGAAGGGACACCUCUCCUUUGGAACACCACGGGCGUAUUUACUCCUUAAUUUAUUUAUUCUGUAUUUAUUUCAUGCUGCUGCUGCUUCUGCCUUUUGGGAGGGGGGGGAGAACACAGUUGGUCAGCGAGGGAAACUUUUCGGGGACGGAACAAAAGCUGUUGCUGUUUGCCUGCACAAGGAGACUCUUCGAAGAGGUAGAAGUUCAACCGAUGGAGCCACGCUGGGUAGUUUGGAAUUCAAGACUCACCCGGUUGUGAAAAAAACUAGA